AUGAGUGGCCAGCAUGGCUCUGCCGCACCCACGGAGUCCCAACCUGCUACGCCGCGCAGCGAGCAGGAGGCGCCCCCAGCGAAGAUUGCCAGAGCUGGUGGUGAUGACAAUAACGAGAUACGUGCUUAUGUUGAUCGGACUCGGUCUGAGCUGUUCGGCGCCCUCGACGGCGUCAAGCGGAGCCUGUCUGGCAUCACGGAGAAUCUGGACAAACACUUCUACGGGCUCAGCCAGCAGCUGGAACAGCGCUUCUCCAGAGUUGAGGCGCGAGUCGACAACCACCAGAAGUCCAUCACUGACAUGCAGGCCGAGAUCGCCGAGAUGCGCCUGCUCCUCAACUGUGUCAAGACGGAGACCCCGACCACCACGACACCUGUUUCUCAAGCAUUUCAUAGAACGACGAACCCGAGCAUCAUCGUGGUUCGAGCCCAGGCGCUCGUCUCGUCGGCGAAGGUCGCGGAGUGUAUUGGCCCGUGGCUCGCCGAUUGCAACCUCGACGUGGACGACUGGGAGGUCUCCACCCUCGAGGGCCCUGCAGCGCGUCGCUUCACAGUCACCAUCAGAGGCGCUGCUGGCUAUGCUGCCAGGAAGGUUGCCCAGUGCCUCGGCAACCUCAGGAACCACGACAACACAUACAGGAGGUUCAACACUGUUGACGUGGCUGGUCAGCAAAUACAAUUGUUCGUGUCGAGCGACAAGAACACGUUCCAGAUCAAGCGAGAGUUGUUCAUCAAGCAGGCUCGCAAGCUCCUUUCGGAGAAGUACGAGCACAAGCGUUUCUUCACAGACCGCGGCAAGGGCGAGAUCUCUUGCCAAUGGCGCCCCAUCCUUCGGAUCACGCCGGUCGACGGGGAGGCCCCGACGAUCGAAUGGGACCGCACCGUGUGCAGCGAGCUGGGCAUCGACAACGACGGCAUCGGCAUGCAGCUCAAGACCCUGUUCUGUGGUCCUGAGGAGACCCAUGGUUCUUCCGAGGACCUCCAGGACUUCCUGCAUUUCAGCAAUCACAAUUUUGAGGCUGUCUUCUCGGGCUUCGACUCCAGGCGGAAAGGAGGUGUGGCCACCCUGCUCCCCUCCCCGUGCUCCUCCUUCGGCUUCGGCGCUUCGUCUAGCGUCACAGGCAGGGCUCUGGUUGUGGGCAGAGCGCUCUACACCUGUGUCAAGCUAGGCUCGCGGUCUUGUGGGUGCUCGGAGAUUUUCACCAUCCACCACUUUAACAUCCAUAACUUCAAGCUAUCUUCGGAAGAGGUCCGUCUCAUCGUCUCAUACAUCGACUCAUCUCUGGAACUUGUUCGUUGCCAUCCUCAUUCGCACUUUGUGGUGGUGGCUGGUGAUUUCAACUUCUCGAGCGAGCCGCCGCGCCCGACCAUCCCGCCUCCGAACUUUGCCCUUGCGCCGGUGGUGCAGGAAUGGUUUGCAUCGCGAGACUCUGGCUGGAGGUCCACCUUGGGAGCCAUGAUCGAGAUCGAUACCCCUGACAUGACACACUACAACGGCACAUUCGACCAUGCGUCCAAAAUCGACAGGAUUUUUGUCUCGGGCCCCAGUUGGAGGCUUACUCAGAUGUCGAUCACGGCUGCCACGAUAGAGACGCCU